AUGAUCCUUGAAGCAAUCGUUGACCACCGUCUUUGGAUUUGGCAUGCUCACUUUGGCGUGGCGGGGUCCAACAACGACAUCAAUGUGCUGAACUCGUCCAGUCUCUUCACCGAGCAAUGCAAUGGGAGCAGUCCGGUUAUCAACUUAACUGCCAACGGACAACAGCAUCAUAUGGGGCAUCAUAUCACCAAUGUCAUGUAUGCAUACAUCAUCUUGCACAACAUGAUUAUUCACGAUGAAGGUCGUGCAACUAGUGAGUGGUCCGACGAUGAAGCCGGUCCGAGCGCAGGUCAUGCAGCCCCGCCGGUCGUUCGAGGUUUACCCUAUGGAGUCAGCGAGAGAUUACAAGCUCAGGAGAGCAUGCGCAACCAACAAGCUCAUCUUGAUCUCUUGAACGACAUGAUUGAAGAAGUUUGGACACGUAGUGGUCGUUGA